AUGGAAACUGGUCAACUGAAACACGCAACAUCAAAUUCUGAAGCACUAUUGAUAACUAUGAAUACUAAUCAGCAAUUUCCAUCAAAUGCGACAUCGAUCACAGGCACGAUGACAAACGGAAUUGAAAUAUUCAUUCCAUCGAUCUGUCGACUGUAUGAAUACAUCUAUCAUAAUGCUUUUCUCGUGGGCGAACUCUACCGACCAAUAUCUUCAAUGAUAAGUAAUUCCGAAAAAAAUCCAACUGCGGGUAAUCUGAAUGCAUUACAUGCUGAUGGACCAACCACAACAACAGAUGUUUUGAAAGUGACGGUUAAUAAACUGGUUCAACGUGGAGAAAAUCUGGAUGCACUCGAUAAUCGAACAGAUGAUUUCUAUUCAACUUUGCAUCGUUUCCGCGGAACAACAAGACCAGUGAAUCGAGAUAAGAGUUCUUGUUGUGGUCGCGUUCAUUACCUUUACCGUAUUAAUGGCCGUUCGCCCAUGGAAGAAAUGAGUGAAUCUUCAUCAUUUCUUUGA